UUGAGCAACUGGAGUUUGAUCUCUCUUGUUGAUUUGAUAGCUUUCCUUCUCAUUCAGUAUACUGCACCUAAAAUAGGAUUUCGUUUCCGGAGGCAAUAUUUGUUACUUUGGCCAGUUAUCAUCUUUUCCCUACUUGUUUUUCUUUCACAAGCUUUAUAUCUCGUUGUAUGGGCUGUUAAAGGUUACAAACAGAGCGUAUGUGAGGCUUGGUGGAUGAAACUAAUUGGUUUUAUGAUAAUCCAGUCUUGGAAAUGUCCUACUGUGGUUUAUUUCUUGAUCGUACAACUGCUAGCGGGAUUUGUUGCUUUGCUUGAUAUACAUGAUAACAGAUUUGGUCUUCUCCCAUGGCAGUAUUCUUGUUGGAGUCGUUUCUUAACAGCUAUUGAACAUUUAGGUUCCCAUCUUAGAGUUGCUUCCUGUUUACUUCUGCCUGCUAUUCAGCUGGCUGUGGGAAUUAGCCAUCCUUCAUGGGUUUCUUUGCCAUUUUUUGUUGGUAGCUGCGUUGGGCUAGUGGAUUGGUCUCUGACAAGCAAUUUUCUAGGACUUUUCAGGUUCUGGAGGGCUCUCCAGCUUUAUGCAGGCUUCAUCAUUGUCUUGCUUUAUUUGCAUCAGCUCCCUUUAGAGUUUCCAAAUACGUUACAAAGGAUAGCUGAAUUUGUUGGUCUAUUCAAAAUAUCUUCAACGUCUGAGUGGCCUGAAAUUUGCUCCGCUGCUUCUCUUCUACAUUUUUACAUCAUGCUAUCCUAUGUCAAAUAUGAUUUGGAGGAAAUGGAUGUUAUCAUGUCCAUGCAAGAAAGUAACUUGACAGAGCAACUACUUCCCUCAAAGCAUUCAUUCUUCAUUCGUGAAUCAAGAUCUGGUGUAAGGCAUACCAAUGUUUUACUACGACAGGCAGUUUUCCGGACUUUCACCAUCAACUUUUUCACUUAUGGUUUUCCAGUAUGAUCACAACCUUAUACUAGAUGUUGCUGAACUCUCCUAGGUCUUUAUUUAAUUUUAUUAAUAUUGAGGUUUGUAUGUAAUUUUUCAGUGGAAACUUUACAGGUAUCCUUAUUUGCUCUUUCCUUCUGGAGUUUUCAUUUUGCAAGUCUAUGUGCUUUGGGGCUACUUGUAUAUGUUGGUUACAUUCUAUACUCCUUUCCUUCCCUGUUUCAUUUACACCGUUUAAAUGGGCUCCUUCUUGUCUUCAUUCUUUCGUGGGCUGCUAGCACCUAUAUAUUCAAUGUGGCAUUUGCAUUCUUGAAUAGGAAUUUUGGGAAGGAUAUGGAAAUUUGGGAUAUGAUUGGAUUUUGGCAUUAUCCCAUACCAGGACUAUUUUUGCUUGCACAGUUUUGUCUCGGAAUUCUGGUUGCUUUGGGUAAUCUCGUAAAUAACUCGGUUUUCCUCUACUUAUCUGAUGAGGCUGCACUAUCAUCAAACAACUGUUCUGUGAAAGUGGAUGGAGAGACCAAGGUAUUCAUAGUGGCUACAAUUGCAUGGGGACUACGGAAAUGUUCUCGAGCAAUCAUGCUUGCUCUGAUAUUUAUCAUAGCAAUGAAACAUGGAUUUAUCCAUGAUGUAUACAUAAUUUUCUUUUUGAUCUAUCUUUUGAGCCACAACAUCAGCAGAAAGAUACGUGGGUCUCUGAUUCUUCUUUGUGAAGCUCACUUUGCAUUAGUAUACCUUCUUCGGAUUGAUUUGAUCUCUGAUGCUUUGGAGCAAAAAGGCUCCUGGAGUAUGGAAAUAAUGUCACAUUUAGGUCUCCUUAAUCAAAGCUCGGGGAACUUUCUGGAAAUAGCUUUGCUUUGUUGCGUCUGUGCAAUUCAUAACCGUGGAUUUGAGGUGCUAUUUUCAUUCUCAGCAAUUGUGCAGCACAGCCCUUGUCCUCCUGUUGGGUUUAGCAUCUUGAGAGCUGGUUUAAACAAAUCUGUCCUCUUGUCAGUAUAUGUAUCCCCAAAUACAUCCUUCUGCCACGAUAAUCUUUCUUAUGAGAGAACGAUAGCAUCAUUCCUUAGUGGAAUUGGGCAGAAUUUUUUAUCAAUGUACAGAGCAUGUGGAACCUACAUUGCUUUGCUGACUAUUCUUAUUACUGUUCUCAUGGUAACACCCAACUAUAUAUCAUUUGGAUACAUCUUCCUUCUUCUUGUCUGGAUUAUUGGAAGACAACUUGGUGAGAGAACAAGAAGGCGCUUAUGGUUUCCAUUGAAAACAUAUGCUGUCACGGUGUUCAUUUUUAUCUAUAGCUUAAGCAGUUUUACCAGCUUUAGGAUUUGGUUGUCUGGAUUUAUGGAUCUGUAUUUUUAUUUGGGUUAUGAUCCUGAAGCUUCGUUGUUGGAUAAUAUUUGGCAAUCUCUAGCAGUUUUAAUUGUGAUGCAACUUUAUAGCUAUGAAAGGAGAAAGAACAAGUACAAGACUGGCUUUGCCAAUCCUUUAGAUUCUGGGGUUCUUGGCUUUACUAGGCGAUUUCUGAUUUGGCACAGUCAGAAGAUCCUGUUUGUCGCAUUAUUCUAUGCGUCUUUGUCUCCAAUUUCUGCUUUUGGAUUCUUGUAUCUACUUGGCCUUGUCAUAUUUUCAACUUUACCUAAGGCUUCUCGGAUUCCAUCCAAAUCAUUCUUAGUUUAUACUGGAUUUCUGGUCACAACUGAGUAUCUUUUUCAGAUGUGGGGUAAACAAGCUGGAAUGUUUCCAGGGCAAAAACAUUCUGAUCUGUCACUCAUUCUGGGUCUCCGUUCAUAUGAGAUGGGAUUUUGGGGUGUAGAAUCGGGCUUGAGGGGAAAGGUGCUGGUAAUUUCUGCUUGCAUCCUUCAGUACAAUGUUUUCUUUUGGUUGGAUAAUAUGCCAAGUGGUAUUUCAAACAGAGGCAAGUGGGAUGAGCCUUGUCCCUUAUUUUUGUCAGCGGAGGAUGCCUUCACUAAUGGCUUCUUGUUUAAUAGGGAAGAUAUAUCAUCUUCUGUUGGAAUGGUACCUAUAAGAGAAGUCAGAGAAGCAAACAAUUCGUGGUCAUCUUUGAAUGCUGCUUUAUCUCAAGCAACUCCUACUGUGUCCUCCAAAGCAGGAGGCUCUGAGGUUAGCAGCAUGGGAAAAUGUUCAUUCGGAUAUCUUUGGGGAAACAGCAAGGAGAGUCAUAAGUGGAAAAAGAAGAGGAUCCUUGUUUUAAGGGAAGAAAGAAUCGAAACUCAGAAAGCUCUCCUAAAAAUAUAUUUGAAAUUCUGGACAGAAAACAUGUUUAACCUUCUUGGUCUUGAGAUUAACAUGAUUGCUUUGCUUCUUGCAAGUUUCGCUUUGUUGAAUGCUAUAUCUAUGAUAUAUAUUGUGGUGCUUGUUGUUUGUGUCGUUUUGGAUCGCUGGAUAAUACAUAAAUUAUGGCCGGUGCUUGUAUUCUUAUUUGCUUCCAUACUCAUCCUUGAGUAUAUUGCCCUCUGGAAGAGUAUGUUUCCUCUGAAUCAACCAAAUCAGACUGAAAUACGUUGCCAUGACUGCUGGAAAAGCUCAUCUUCAUAUUUCCAAUAUUGUAGGAGCUGUUGGCUAGGACUGAUCAUUGAUGAGCCCCGAAUGCUUAUAAGCUACUUUUUGGUCUUUCUGCUGGCGUGCUUCAAACUUCGUGCAGAUCAGUCAGCAUAUUUCUCAGGGUCAUCAACAUAUUUGCAAAUGAUGUCUCAACAUGAAAAUUUAUUUGUUUGGCGAGAACUCUCUUUUGAAACCAAAAGCACAUGGACCUUUCUUGACUAUGUAAGACUUUAUUGUUAUUGCCAUCUAUUGGACCUUGUCCUGGUACUGAUUUUGAUUACUGGAACUCUUGAGUAUGAUAUUCUGCACCUUGGUUAUCUUGCUUUUGCUCUUUUAUUUUCUCGGAUGAGGCUUGAAAUUCUCAAGAAGAAGAAUAAAAUGCUCAAAUUCCUGCGUAUCUACAACUUUGCGGUCAUCGUUCUUUCUCUUGCCUAUCAAUCUCCUUUCGUAGGGGAGUUUAGUUCUGGGAAGUGCAAAACUGUCAACUUAUAUGAAGUCAUUGGAUUUUCAAAGUAUAACUAUGGGUUUCGAAUUACUUCCAGAUCUGUACUUGUUGAGAUUAUCAUAUUUAUGUUGGUAUCUCUUCAGUCAUAUAUGUUUUGCUCCCAAGAGUCUGAUUACGUGUCAAGGUAUCUUGAAGCAGAGCAAAUUGGUGCAAUUGUACGUGAGCAAGAGAAAAAAGCUGCAUGGAAAACUGCACAGUUACAACAGAGUCGUGAAUCUGAGGAGAAGAAACAUCAGCGCAACUUGCAAGUGGAGAACAUGAAAUCUGAGAUGCUUAACUUGCAAACACAGCUUCAUAGCAAGAACUCAACUGCAACUCUGAGUGAUGUUUCUCAUGAUGAUAAAGGCCUACAGAGUAGAAGUGUUUCCCUGACCUCAAAUAGGGAUGUUGAGCCACCUGAAAAAGAGGAAAACACUCUUUGGAAGCAAGAGCGAGUUAUUAAGGAUGAUUCAGUAUUUCCACUUGAUGUACAUGCAUAUGCUGCUCAUAUAAAAGGAGAAAAUCCUGAAGUAGUGGAACCCCCUAACAAUUCAAAGGAAUAUAGACCUUGCGAGAUCACUGAAAUUGAGCAUGAUGCUGAUUGUGCUAUUUUUGAUACAGGGCAAAGGAGGAAAAGCCGAUCAAAGGACAAUCCUUUAAUUUCUGCUGUAAACUUCCUAGGUGAUGGUGUUUCACACGUACAGUCUAUUGGAAAUCAGGCAGUUAAUAACCUUGCCAAUUUCCUGAACAUAAAAUCUGAAGAUUCAGAUAUGAAUGAGGGCUUCUAUGUCAAGGGUGAGGCAUAUGAUGAGUCAGAGAGCCAAAAGAUGCAGAAUAUGCAUUUGAACAAUUCUUCUUCUCGGCAAUCUGAUAAAAGAUCCGAUGCUACAAGUUUGCAGCUGGGAAGGAUCUUAUGCCAUAUAUGGUCCCGAAUGCAGUCUAAUAGCAAUGUUGUGUGUUACUGCUUAUUUGUCCUUGUCUUUAUAUGGAACUUCGGUUUGCUUUCCAUGGUGUAUCUUGCAGCUCUUUUCUUGUAUGCUCUAUGUGUGAAUACUGGUCCAACUUAUAUCUUCUGGGUUAUUAUGCUAAUUUACACAGAGGUUUAUAUUUUGCUUCAGUAUAUGUUUCAAAUUGUAAUCCAGCAUUGUGGAUUGAGUGUGAAUUCAGACCUACUACGUAACAUAGGAUUUCCUACUUGUGAAAUCAAGUCAUCUUUUGUUGUGUGCUCGUUGCCUCUAUUUCUUGUCUACUUAUUUACCCUCAUACAGAGCUCUAUAAGUGCAAAAGAUGGUGAAUGGAUGUUCUCUACUGACUUUAACUUCAACAGAUGGAGUUCUUUUUAUAGAAAAGAGGUUCUUGUGAACUACAGCUGGAGAGAAAAGGUAUCAAAGUCGCUCCAAUUUGUAAUAGAUAUGGUGAAACAAGUAAUUAGAAGAUUCUUCUGGUACUGGAAAUCACUGAUACAGGGAGCAGAAACUCCACCUUAUUUUGUUCAAGUGUCCAUGGAUGUUCACUUGUGGCCAAAAGAUGGGGUUCAGCCAGAAAGGGUCGAGUCUGGAAUAAAUCAACUGCUCAGGGUAGUUCAUGAUAAGAGAUGUACUGAAAAAAUCCGAGGCCAUUGUCCACUUGCAAGUAGGGUUCAGGUUCAAAGCAUUGAAAGAAGUCGAGAAGAUCAAAACGUGGCUUUGGUUGUUUUUGAGGUGGUUUAUGCAUCUCGUUUGAUAGGAUGUAUGCCAGCAGGUUGGUACAAGUCUCUAACUCCAGCAGCUGAUGUGGCAAAAGAAAUUCUCCAGGCACGGCAUGCUGGGUUUGUUGAAGAGAUGGGAUUCCCGUACCAAAUACUCUCUGUAGUUGGUGGUGGAAAAAGGGAAUUUGAUCUCUAUGCUUACAUAUUUGUUGCUGAUCUUACUGUAUUUUUCUUGGUUGCAAUUUUCUACCAAUCUGUCAUAAAGAACAAUAGUGAUCUUCUAAAUGUUUAUCAGCUAGAAGAUCAGUUCCCUAUAGAGUUUGUUAUUAUCUUAAUGAUCAUCUUUUUCUUGAUUGUUGUUGAUCGCAUACUUUAUCUCUGUUCAUUCGCCACAGGAAAAGUUAUUUUCUAUCUUUUCAAUCUUGUUCUCUUCACGUAUUCAAUUACAAAGUGUGCUUGGCAGAUGGAACCUUCUGGCCAGCAUGCUGGACGGCUAGCACUCCGUGCUAUAUUUCUUGCUAAAGCAGUUUCUUUAGCACUUCAGGGUGUACAAAUUCGACAUGGAAUUCCUCAGAAAACCACCUUGUAUAUGCAGUUUUUGACCAGCAAGAUUUCAAGAAUUAAUUACCUAGCCUAUAGACUUUAUCGGGCUCUACCAUUUCUUUAUGAAUUACGAUGCGUACUCGAUUGGUCAUGCACAACGACGUCAUUAACCAUGUAUGACUGGCUCAAACUGGAAGAUAUAAAUGCAAGUUUGUACCUUGCCAAAUGUGAUGCUGUGUUGAAUAGAGCUACACACAAACAAGGAGAGAAGCAAACAAAAAUGACCAAGUGCUGUAAUGGGAUAUGUCUCUUCUUUAUAUUAAUUUGUGUUAUUUGGACUCCUAUGCUGAUGUACAGCAGUGGCAAUCCGACAAAUAUUGCAAAUCCCAUCAAUGAUGCAAGUUUUCAGAUAGACAUUAUUACUAAUGGAGGAAGGUUGACCUUGUAUCAGACAACUCUCUGUGAAAAGCUCCAAUGGGAUAACCUCAAUUCUGAUGUUAAUUUUGAUGCCUACAAUAAGAAUGAUAUACAAUUGAUACGCUGCCUAGCUGAUGCAAGCAUUUUUUGGCUUGUCUCUGAUGUGGUUAAGAGAAGGUUUAUUGAGUUCCUUGACUGGGAUAGGGACAUGGUUAUAACUUCUACUUGGCUGCUUACAAGAGAAAGACCAAAGGGCAAGGAAGUCGUGAAAUAUGAGAAACCUGUCGAUUCCAAAAAUCUUCCCAAACCAUCAGAUGUCCAAAAGGUUCUCAAUGGUUCUACAAUAAGCUUUAGGGUGUAUAAUCUCUAUCCAAGAUACUUCCGUGUCACUGGUUCUGGUGAAGUCAGAUCUUUUGAGCAAGAGGUAACUUCAGGAGCUAUUUCAGUGAGCGCAGAUCUUGUUAUCAAUCGUGCAGCUUUUGAGUGGUGGUCGUUCCAUGAUCUCAAUUCGUCUAAUGUAAGGAACUUCGGAGGUUGGACUGGACCGAUGGCCAUCGUAGUAUCCGAAGAAACACCUCCGCAAGGCAUUCUUGGAGACACGCUGAGCAAGUUCAGCAUUUGGGGUCUCUACAUUACUUUUGUGCUUGCUGUUGGUCGCUUUAUCAGGCUUCAGUGUUCCGACUUAAGAAUGAGGAUACCGUUUGAAAACCUACCUUCAUGUGACAGGUUGAUAGCCAUCUGCGAAAACAUAUAUGCUGCAAGAGCAGAGGGUGAGCUUGGAGUUGAAGAAGUCCUUUACUGGACCCUAGUGAAGAUUUAUAGGUCACCUCACGUCCUGCUCGAGUACACCAAACCUGACUAGGUUGUCGAUAUCGAAUCCCUACAGUUUUAUUUGUGAAACUAGUUUUGACUGACAGCCUGACUUACUACAACCAAUUGAAAUGGUUUGUGAUUCUUGUUUGGUGGCCAAGAAAAUCUCUGGUGGUCGUAGAUUCGUUCCCCAUGCAGAAGAAACACAAAAUGCUACGCUUCAGAACAUGAGGAACAGGCAGUAUGUUAUGGACUAGCAACUACAAUCCAUGUUCUUGCAGUAUGUCAUUUGCUUAGUUUCAAAUUUGGUAUGAGAAAGGCGUCGUUGCUUUUAUAUGAAGGAAUGAUUUCUAGGGAGGAGUUUCUUAUGCUGGCCAUGUACAUAGAUUGUACAGUAUUAGAUGCUCUUCUACAAAUGAAUACAAUGAUGCUAUUGCUUUACAAAUUUUGAAACCGUAGCCUUACA